GCUCACUAAAGAAUUAAGAGUAAUUUUUCAAAUUGAAGGUAGAGGCUACCAAUUUGUAUAAAAUAGUGGGAGUAUGAUGAGAGCAUGCAGACAAGAUAACUGAGAAGAUCCUCUACAAGGGAAACAGAGCACAAACAGGCGGUAAUUUUCAGUCUAGUUUGAUCUAGCUUGCCCUAAACCCUAUGUGGUGGUAAUGGUUCUUGCUCGGCUUCUACUAUAAUUAGCGGUUCAUGUGGUGGUGGUGGUACUGGUUCUUGUGCGACAGCUACCAUGUAUUAUUAGAACUGAUGUGUUUUUUUGUACUUUUUAUUUUUAUUAAGGUAAAAAGCAGAUUUAUACCAUACCUUAUCAACAUGAGAGGGUGUCGGAAAAUUUGAUAAGUGAGCAGGAUAAAUGAUUUAGUUAAACAAAAGAUUACCAAUCAUCUCGUAGUGAUUUCUUGACGCGGAAAAAAAAACACACACAUUAUAUACUUUUAUGAUAAACAAUUGAAGGCGAGGGAGACCGAUUUUGUGUUCUCGUUAUAGGCAGAGGGCUACACCCUUAUCUUUUAUGAUAAGCAAUCGAAGGCGAUACGGAAAGUGCCGGUGGGCAUAGGCAGCUGGAAUCCGCGCGUGACAAAGACCAUGGGCAGCGGGGGUGGAGAAAAGUGGUGCAAGCGAAAUUUGAGGUAUGACAAGAAUAAAGUUGGCACACUCAAGUUCAAGAUGACACAAUAUUCGCUUGGAGGAGAAGAUGAUCAGGUGAGAACUAAGAAAAGCUCAGAAGAUAGUUUAGCUCUCGACCCUUAUUCGCUUUUUUUCUGGUAGAGACAUUCUUUUGAGUUUGAUUUGAAAGUAAAUGCCAGCUUGCCCAGAUUCUCAUUGACCCCGAGCGACGCAUCUAAUAAGAUUGAUGGUUUCUCUUGCUAUCGUUAUUGCAGCCCAAGUACGCAAUCUGUCAGAUUUUUCAUAUCGCUCACACGGCGGCUAGAUUUUAGGGCGCUCCAACGGACUCUCGUCCUCCAGAAAACGCGCGUAUAGUGACGGAAAAUUCGUGAUGGACCGUUAUCAGUCACUAUUUGUGACGGAUUAGUGACCGACAGAAAUUUGGUCACCGUGGUGUUAACUUAGUGACCGAUUAGUGACAGACCGGUCACAGAAUGCGUGGAUAGGAUGGGCGCCAGAACUUAGUGACCAUCAUAGUGACGGGGUAUCUGUCAGCAAUAUGAUAACCAAAAUUGCAACCAGACAGUGACAAAUGCAGCCGUCACAAAUAUCGUAACCCAAGUAUUUAUAAAUUUUUAAAAAUUAUUUUUGGCGGUGACAGGUUAUUAACAAAAAUUUUCGUCACCAAAUUUAAUUUUUAAUUCCAAAAAUAUUAAAAAUAUUAUUUUUGAGUAGAUGUAAAUUUUAAAAAAAAGAUAAAAGGAGGAAAAUCUAAAAUGAAACUAAGUGUGCCCGCCGUUCCGCCCAAAUUUCUUCGAUAACCCAAAUUCCAAUUUUUCUCCAGAAAACUCAAAUUCCUUCUUCUCAUUUUCAAAUCUCAUGGUGUCGCCCAUGACCCAUUUGCACCCCUAUUGCAACUUUCCUGCAAUGGGAUUGGAUUUUGGAAGAAGGUCUGGAAUUUUUUUACCAUGCUUUAUAGUUCAAAAUUAUUUUUUCCUUCCUCCAAUCAGCUUUAUAGAUAAAAAAUAGCUUGAUAUGAAAUUUGGCUUGCAAACCGACUUAGCCCACAGCCUUAUAGGUAAAAAAUAGUUUAAUAUGAAAUUUGGCUUGCAGACCGACUUCUUAGUGGAGUCCCGAGUUAGGGAUUUGGGCGGCUUCCCAUCUCCUCUCGUCUCCUCCGCCUGCGGCCUCUCCUCUCCGGCUCCCCCUUGCCGACCAUUUUUGCCUCCCCUCCGGCUUCCCAUCUCCUCUCCUCUCCUCCACCUCCGGCCUCUCCUCUCCUCUACCUCCACCUCCGGCCUCUCCUCUCCUCCACCUCCGGCCUCUCCCUCUCCUCUCCGGCUACAUCACGCCUCCCGAUCGCGGCUACAUCACCUCGUCGACGCCCCCCUCCUUCUUGCUCGUCGGCUAGAGUUUUCAGAACCCACAACUGGGCUUCCCGGAGAUAUUAAAUUUGGACAAGAUGGAAGGCACAUCCUAAGUCGUGAUUAUAUGACACUUAAGUUAUGGGACAUAAACAUGGACUCUGGUCCUGUUGCAACUUUUCAGGUCCAUGAAUAUUUAAGGCCUCAGCUAUGUGAUUUAUAUGAAAGUGACUCCAUUUUCGACAAAUUUGAGUGCUGCCUAAGUGGUGAUGGACUACGGGUAGCAAACUGGUUCUUACAGACAUUCUCAUGGAUGCAUUGGCAGCAGCAUCAAUCAUCAAUGAAGUCAGCCUCCAAAUCAAUUACAUCUGAAGAUAUUGAACUAUCAACACGUCGAUCUGAAUUCUGAUUCCCUCUGGAUGAUAGGUCUGACCAAGUACUUAUCCCACGAUGAGAGCUGGAUAAUAAACUUGGAUAGGAAUUUGCAAGUGAUGGCCGUCAUGUGGACAAGAAUUUGAUGACCUGCAUCCUCUGAGCAUGGAGAAUUUCAUACUCUUUGGCUACACUUCCAUAUAUUCCAUCAUCCAAGCUCUCCAGAAGAUUCGACAAAGCAAGUGGAUCUGAAUAAUCUCUAACUUUGGAGGAAAACUUUUCUUUGGCUUUCUCAAAGCCAGAACAUAAAACUCAUUUCAGGUUUGUAACGAUAGUUGUUAUCCU